AUGGCGGCGAGAGCAGCUCUUGCGUUAGGCGCUUUCUGCACCUCACUUGCCACUGUAUAUGCCCAGAGCUCAUCCACUUCAACUCCAGAUGCAACGACCAGCUACCGUGCGAUCUUCACAGUCCCAGCUGCGGCGGAUGCGAGUGUGCCACUGAUACCAAAUAUCUACGAUUCGGAAGCUGUCAACGCUCAAGAUGUCUGUCCAGGUUACCUUGCUUCAAACGUCGUCCGGACAAUGUAUGGAUUGACAGCCUCAUUAAAUCUUGCUGGUCCGGCCUGCAAUACCUAUGGCACAGAUAUCGAGAAUCUGAACCUCACAGUCGAAUACCAGUCUGAUGACAGGUUGCACGUGGAAAUUGUCCCGACAUAUGUUGGCGAUUCAAACAGCUCAUGGUAUAUCCUACCAGAUGUUCUAGUCCAGAAGCCCACUAUUGAUGCCGAUGCAAACACGACAUUGGAUAGCGACCUAAAUUUUGUCUGGAGCAAUGAUCCGACAUUCAGCUUUCAAAUCAUCCGCCAAUCAACCGGAGAUGUCCUUUUUGACACUACAGGAACGAAGCUUGUCUAUGAGAACCAAUUCAUCGAAUUCGCCAGUGCUCUCCCUGAGAAUUACAAUCUAUAUGGAUUAGGGGAGGUAAUUCAUGGUUUGCGAAUGGGUAACAAUUUCACUCGUACAUUUUGGGCUGCGGAUGUUGGAGAUCCCAUUGAUUACAACAUUUAUGGCGAUCAUUCUUUCUAUCUCGAUACGCGAUACUACGAGAUCAAUGAGACAACAGGAAAUCUCACAUAUGCCCCAAAUGCGACGGAUGCAACUGGGAACUAUGUCUCAUACUCCCAUGGCGUCUAUAUGCGCAAUUCCCACGGCCAGGAAGUUCUCAUGAGACCAUCAAAUAUCACAUGGCGAACUUUGGGCGGUAGCAUUGAUUUGUACUUCUACGCGGGUCCAUCUCAAAAAGAGGUUACGAAAGCAUACCAGGAAAGUGCUACUGGCCUCCCAGCAAUGCAACAAUACUUCACAUUCGGUUACCACCAGUGUAGAUGGGGGUACACCAAUUGGUCUGAGCUUCAGGAUGUGGUGGACAGCUUCAAGAAAUUCGGCAUUCCUUUAGAGAACAUUUGGACUGACAUCGACUAUAUGAAUCAAUAUCGGGAUUUUGAUAACGACCAAGGAAGAUUCGGCUACGUCGAAGGCGCAAAAUUCCUCUCUCAGCUGCACGAAAAUGGUCAACACUACAUACCCAUUGUUGACUCGGCAAUCUACGUCCCAAAUCCGGAGAAUGCCAGUGAUGCUUACCCAAUUUUCAAUCGUGGCAACGAGAGCGAUGCUUUCAUGUUGAAUCCUGAUGGCAGCUUGUACAUCGGCGAGGUCUGGCCAGGAUACACUGUGUUUCCUGAUUGGAUUGGUGCGGUUCUCAAUGGAACUGGGGCCUUUGACUGGUGGUCAAGUGAGAUGACCAUGUGGCACCAGAAUAUUUCCUUCGAUGGUAUAUGGAUUGACAUGAGUGAAGUAUCUUCAUUCUGUGUUGGUUCUUGCGGCAGCAAUAACCUUACACUCAACCCUGUCCAUCCAGGAUUUGGUCUUCCAGGAGAGCCAGGUAACAUCAUCUAUGGGUAUCCUGAAGGCUUCAACAUAACGAAUGCCACCGAGUAUGCUUCUGCGCAAGCAGGAUCUUCCAGCCAGGCAUCUGCAGCUGCCGCAACCGCUGCUCCUGCUCCAACAACUUCUACGACAUAUAUACGGACAACUCCUACUCCUGGAGCUCGAGCUAUUGAGUACCCACCUUAUGUGAUCAACAAUGUCCAAGGGGCUUUGGACGUCCAUGCCGUGAGCCCCAACGCCACUCAUCACGGCGGAACCCAGGAAUACGAUUAUCACAACCUGUUCGGCACCCAAAUUCUCAAUGCUACCUACCACGCUCUUCUCAAUGUCUUUCCAGGGAAACGACCUUUCAUCAUCGGUCGAUCUACCUUUGCUGGAUCUGGAAAAUGGUCUGGACACUGGGGAGGUGACAAUACCUCGUUGUUUGCUUAUAUGUACUUCUCAAUCUCUCAAGCACUGUCGUUCUCUCUCUUUGGUAUUCCCAUGUUCGGUGUCGACACUUGCGGAUUCAAUGGAAAUACAGACGAGGAACUCUGCAAUCGAUGGAUGCAACUUUCAGCUUUCUUCCCAUUCUAUCGAAACCAUAACACCCUGUCUGCAAUCUCGCAGGAACCAUACCGCUGGGCAUCAGUUGCGGAAGCCAGCAAGACUGCGAUGAACAUUCGCUAUACUCUUCUCCCCUAUAUCUACACCACGUUCUACCUCGCACAUUCGACUGGGUCAACGGUAAUGAGAGCGCUAGCCUGGGAAUUUCCAAAUGACCCCACCCUGGCUGCAGUCGAUACCCAAUUCAUGUUCGGGGACAGCUUAUUGAUUACGCCCGUUCUAGCUCAAGGGGCCACAACUGUGAAUGGUGUCUUCCCAGGCGUCGGGUCAGGUGAAGUGUGGUAUGAUUGGUACAAUCAGUCCGCAGUCACUGCCGGACCUGGAGAGAACAUUACCAUUGAUGCCCCGCUUGGACACAUCCCGGUAUAUGUGAGAGGCGGAAGUGUUUUACCGAUACAAGAACCAGGAUAUACAACCAAAGAAUCUCGAUCAAAUCCUUGGGGAUUGUUGGCCGCAUGCAGCAUGGAGGGUACUGCAAGCGGACAACUCUAUAUUGAUGAUGGAGAGAGUGUUGUACAAAACUCAACUCUUUGGGUAGAAUUCUCACUUACGAAGUCCGCAUUGUAUGCUUCCGCUCGUGGGCUGUUCCAAGACACCAAUCCACUUGCCAAUAUUACAAUCAUAGGUGUUCAGUCAGCUGUAAAUAACGUGACUCUGAACGGAGCCACCAUUGCUAGCGGAUGGACAUACAACGCCACCAGUAAGGUUUUGGCUAUUGAAGGAUUGAUGAACUCUACGUCCGCCGGAGCUUGGGUGAGCGACUGGGUGUUGAGAUGGAUGUAA